AUGGAUAGAGCAGCAGACUAUUUGAUGAAAUUUGUUAUUGUAGGAUUUGAUCGUGCUGGAAAAUCCUCUUUAGUCCUUACAUAUGCUGGCGAAGGUUUUUCUGAAUACUACGUGAAUACAAUUGGAGUUGAUUUUAAAGUUAGAUCAAUGGACAUUCUCGGAAAGCUUAUAAAAUUCCAAUUAUGGGAUACUGCAGGCCAUCCAAGAUUUCACGUUAUAACAAAUUCAUAUUUUCGAGGCGCAAGUGGACUUAUAAUCGUAAUGGACUUGACAAAUCCAUCGGCAUUAGACAAUGCUAAAUAUUGAAAAGGUGAGCUUAAUAAGCAAUUUUCAGAUGAAAAACCAGUUUUACUUAUUGGAAAUAAAACAGAUCUUCAUAGAGCAAUUACUUAUGAAGAAGCUAAAAGGCUUGCAGAUGAAUGAGGAAUAAUUUAUAUAGAGACUUCUGCCAAAACAAAAUAUAAUGUUAAUAAAGCAUUUGAAAUUUUAAUUCGAAGUGCAUUGCAUGCAAUCCAAAAUCCAAACUUAUAUAAAAUAUCUUAA